AUGCCGCUCGCGCUCCCAGCUGUGGCCGUCGCCCAGGCCGCGCGCCCACGUCGGCCAAGCCCCGCCUGGCCCCUCGUCGUGCCCACCUCCCGCGGCCCCGCUGCUGCUUUGCUCUGCGGCGCCGUUGCCUGUGCUUCUGCUGCCACCAACUGUGCCCCGCUCGCCUCUGUUGCUCCAGCCCCCGCGGCCAUGCCCCCGGCUGGCCGGCCUCCCCUGCUAGCCGUGAACUGCCGCUGCUGCCGCGUCGUCCCGCUCCACUCUACCGCGCCACCGUUGCCGGACGCGCGUCGCCGCUCACCUGCUACUACUGCUGCUAAGCUGCUGCUCCUAACAUCGCUGCUGUUGCGGCGCGUCGCAGGCCGCCCCGCCCCCGCCGCUCUGCCAUGGCUGCUUGUCGCCACCGCGGCUGCCUCCCUAGGCGGGCUCCCUAGGCGCCCGGCACCCUCCUUCGCCCGCACCCGAUAG